AUGUGGCCACUGCUGCUCUUGAUCGGGGUCGUCUUCUCCCAGCGACGCCAACUGAAGAAGAUGGUGGAACCGCCACGCAAGACUCGGGUCUUGUGGUCGGGCUGCUUGUGGGCCUUCCUUUCCACGAUGACGGUCUUCGAUACCAGCGGAAACGCCAUUGGUUAUCCUGUUUUCUUUGGCUUCGUUCUGACCUACAUGCGUGAUCGAAACGGUGUCAUUGCCGGAGACUGGCGAGAAUCGCUGGCCACCUUUUUUCUCGUCGGGGCGGCCGUGUUUGCAGGAGUUUGGAUUGCCAGCAUCCCUUCACAUCUGCUGCCGGUUCGGAGAUCUUGGAAGGUGGUCGUGUGGCUACAGCAGCUCCAGUCCUUCAGUAUCUGCCUGCUGCUCUGGCUGGUGACCCUCUUCUUCCGCGUUUAUCGGCGCAUGGGAUGA